AUGAGGACCGCGUCUCUCAUUGCCGCCCUUGUGGCGGGCAUUGCUCUCGCUCGUCCUGGCAUGGACAUCAAGAAGCUGAUAGCCGACGCCCAGCUGCAGAUCCGUCAGAUUGGUGGCGGUGGCCCUUCGACAGAGCUGAUCGGCGACCUCGUCGAACUCCGCGAGCGCGAACUGACAGCGACCGGGGCCGCCAUCAGGGAUAUCUUGAUCACCGAGGCCUCGGGCCAGGACGUGGAUACCUUUUACGACGAGUCUGAAUUAGCACCGAAGGGUUCCGAGGAGUGCGACAGUGACGAUUGUUGCAUUUGGAAGUACAUCGCCGACGACUUGGCCAAGCAGAUGGUGGGCACUGCCGGCCGGUGCAACAGCGUCGCCCGCGGCGCUAUCCGUCUUGGUUUCCACGACGCCGCCGCCUGGUCCAAGUCGACGGGCGGCACAGGUGCCGACGGCUCCAUCAUCCUCGCCAACGAGUGCAAGACGCGCUCCGAUAACAAAGGCCUCGAGGAGAUCUGCGACAUGACGGCGACCUGGUUUGCCAAGUACAAGAAGUUCGGCAUCAGCAUGGCAGACCUGAUCCAGUUGUCCGCCAACGUCGCCACGGUCUCAUGUCCUCUCGGCCCUCGCGUCCGCACUUUUGUCGGCCGCAAGGACUCAUCCACCCCCGCCACCAAGAACCUCCUCCCCGAUCCCUCGGACAGCUCCGCCAAGCUGUUCAAGCUGUUUGGGGAGAAGUCCUUCACGCCCGCCGGUCUUGUGGCCCUCCUGGGUGCCCACAGCACCAGCCAGCAACGCUUUGUCGACCCUUCGCGUGCCGACUCGCCCCAGGAUAGCACGCCAGGCACGUGGGACAUUGCCUUCUAUCAGCAGACGCUCAACCCCAACGCGCCGCCCGCCGUCUUCAAAUUCCAAAGCGACAUCCACGUGUCCCUGGACCCCGAGACCAACGAGGUCUGGAGAAUGUUUGCAGCGGGGCCGCGCGGUCAAGCCGUGUGGAACCAGGCCUAUGCGUCCGAGUAUGUUCGCAUGUCUCUCCUCGGCGUCAACAACAUCAACGACCUGACGGAGUGCACAAAGGUCUUGCCGCCUUUCCGCCCUGCCUUUGAGCAGCCUGACCAAGACCUCCUCGACAAGGUCAUGGGCUCCGUCCUUAACUCGGACCUCGUCAAGCAGGCGUUGGAGAAGGGCGACAAGAUUCCUCCCGCCGCAUUGUCGAACCCGUGA